ACCGCUAAUUGGUGUAUGUAAUAUAAGUAUUCUUUGAUUUAUAAUGGUGUGUGGAAUUUGAUCACCCAGGUGAUCAAAGUGGAAUAAAUCGUUUUCAGGCAAUUUAAUUUCAUCUUUGCGUUUUAUAUUGCCGUUUCCAUAGCGACAGUAACCACACAACAUAUGGUGAAAUGAGAUUUACCUCAUAAUCAUAACACCUGCUACUUGCAAACCAAAACAAAGCAAUUACGAUAACACCUCAUAAUGCAAAUAUCAAAAAUUCAGCCAGUGUUUAAACUUGAGCUCAAUCACAAAGUUACCCCUAAUAUAGUAACCGUUGCUAAAUAUGAUGGUACACAUCCAUGCCUUACGGCUUCAGCUGGUUAUGAUAAAAUAAUAAUCCAUCACCCUCACGGCGGAGUGGUCAGCGGACGCGCGCAGAGAUCUCAAGCUCAUGGAGAAAUAUCAGAAUUGAACCUGAGCCAAGCAGUGAUAGCCCUGGCUGCCGGGCCGCUAAGACCGGACGUUGGGCGAGAUAUGCUCCUUAUUGGAUCACCAACGCAGAUUCUUGCUUACGAUGUCCACGACAAUACCGACCUUUUCUUCAAAGAAGUCCAAGAUGGCGUGAACGUCAUAAUCACUGGGACCUUUGGUAGAUAUCCGGAGACCCUGGCUAUUGUUGGUGGCAAUAGCUCAGUCCAGGGUCUGAACUGGCAGGGUGAGGAGGUCUUCUGGAAUGUUGUUGGAGGCAAAGUGUGUUCAAUGAUCACUUUUGAUUUCGAUAAAGAUGGUGAAAAUGAGCUCCUCAUCGGAUGUGAGGACUCCUACAUCAGAGUUCUGAAGAAUAAUCAAUUUAUUACUGAGCUAGCCGAAACUGGCCCAGUGAUUUGUCUGUCGCCAGUAACAGAUGUGAAAUUCGCAUAUGGGCUAGCUAAUGGAACUAUAGGCAUAUAUGAAGAGGGGAUAAGAUUAUGGAGAGUAAAGUCAAAACAAAACACAGUUGCCCUGCAAUGGUCUGGUGAAUCCCUGGCCUGUUGCUGGGCGAACGGUCGCAUAGACUGGCGUGAAGGUAACUCGGGGAGGGUGCUCCGGCGAGUACAAAUGAGGAGCCCUGCGGCUGCUAUGUUACUGGUCGACUACCGGUCUGAAGGAACGCCGGAUCUCGUCUGUGUAUCCGAUAGAGGCGAAGUGCUGGGCUAUCCUCCUUACCAAGAGAACACAGGCUUCGUCUCAUCCAAGAUUCUGCCGUCAGAAGAGGACCGUCAAGCGAUCACGGAGCUCUUCAAUAGGAAGCAGGCUCUGAUGGUGGAGCUCCAGCAUUACGAGGCUAAUUCUGCGAGUGGUUCAGCCAGCCUCGAGGUGACGGACAGGCCAACAACCGCCAUGCCGACUAAUACCAGGCUUCAAGUUGCUGUUUCAGCUUCACCGGAUGAGGGAUGCUUAGAACUGGCGAUAGCGACCAACAACGAGACAGUGGUGCGUGCCGCUCUGAUCCUAGCCGAGGGCAUCUUCGAGACUGGAGAGACGUUAGCGCGGCACCCGGCGCCCGCGCAGCUGAAGUCGCUGCUACAUGUGCAGAUCAAGCCGCCGAGGGAUGUACCCGUUGAUGUGCAUAUUAAGGCUCUGAUUGGUUAUCCGGACAGUGAACAGUUUCACAUUUUCGAGCUCACCAAGCAGCUACCAAGGUUUUCUAUGUACACAGUAGCUCCAGAGACUUUAGCCAGUACUAAAUAUGGCAGUCAUGUUGCAUUCCGGAUCACUGAGAGGAUACAGAGGAUUUGCAUUUGGAUCAAUCAAAACUUCAUACUCGAUGAGGAAGUGGAGAUGGCAACUGAAGAUGCAAAGGAGCUACAUGUGAAUUUUAUAUGUUUGAGGGAUCGGUCAAGGUUGGAGUUGGAUUUCAAGGCUGAUGGCCAAGUCAGGAUUAGUACCACAGACAUACGGUUGGCUGGGGACUUGAUACAAAGUCUGGCUGUUUACUUGAAUUUAGCAGAUUUACAGUCAGUCGCCCACUUUCCGGAGGCUGAAAAGAAACUUCGAGAGGAAAUGGAUAUCGCCUCGGAGAUAGGAGAUAUGAGGUCACGUCUAGCUGCAGAAACCGCGGAACGAGCGCAGUUGAUAACAGCUCUGUUGCCGGCCGCACAAGAUGCAGCUGCAUAUGAUUUAAAAGAAAUGCUAAACCGUUACAAAGAGGUAGUGAUGCUGAAUGAAGAGCUCUUGGCUGGAUGUCACAUACGUCGGGCCACGCAGGAACAAGCCGUUGCCUCUCUCAAAAAUCUUCACACAAUUUUGCAGCAAGCUUCUAGACUAAGAGUUGGCAAAUACAGUAAAGCGGUGGUUACGGCUAGCAGGAAGGCAGUACGCGAUAACAAUAUUGAAGCUCUAAUAAAAGUUCUGCAAGUUGGAGACUCUUAA